UCUCUUUAGUUCCAAAUACUAAGCAAUCUCUUCUUUUUUUUACCUUUUUCUUUCUUGGCUUUUUCUUCUCCUCUGAUAGAAACUUUUUCCAGUCAAAAUUUAAGAACUAAUUUAAAGUAAAACUCCACUAAGGUUUAUAAACACUCUUCAAAUAUAGAUUCACAUUCACCCAUUUCCAUUUUUUUUCUUGCUCUCUCUCUCUCUCUCUUAUUUUUGGUCUCAAAAAUGGCAUCAAAAGGAAAGAAACCAAUAAAAAAAACAACUACAAGAAGAAGAAAAAGAAGCCAUUUCAAGAACCCAUCUCCUCCAUGUAGUACCAAUAGUGACGUCACUUCAACGUCAUCAACAUCUACUUCUCCCACAUCAAUGGUCACGCCAUCUUCGAUUCCAGUAGAGAGUGGAUGUUGUACUCCGAAAUCUGAGAAGUCACGAAUACCGGAGAUGCUGACGUGUCCGCCGGCGCCGAAGAAGCAAAAGGUGGCGCAAAACUGUUCUUUGAGGAGGAGACAAAUCGCUUUCUUUGCUCCUCCGGAUGUAGAACUCUUCUUCGUUUUCGCACUUGGUCAACAAAUCAAUAAAUAAGUUAAGUUUAUAAUUAGGGUUUUGUGAUUAUUAUCAUGGUAUCAAUAUCUAGUUUCUAGUUUGAUUCAAAUACAAUAAUAUUUAAAGUAUAUUAUAGAGAGUGUAGUGUGAGGUUUUGCUUCUUAAUAUUUUGCUUUUCUUCAUCAUUCUUUUUUUUUCCUACUCUUUUGGAUGAUUUUGAAUUAGGUGAGUUUGAAUUUGUGGUAGGGUAUUAUCAAUCAAAUACCCUCUCUUUUUUAGUUAGUUAUUUUGUGUUUUAAUUUUGUAACUGAAUGGUGCGUCCUAACAUUUCAGGCUUGUUAAUUAGCUUUGCAGUUUUGAAUCUGAUAUUUGUAUUUUGGUUUUAUUACGAGUUGGAUUGUUCUUCUUAUACUUUAUGGUUCUCCUCAAUAAUUUAUUUGUAACCUCAACCAACACGAAUUGCAUAAAAAUUAAAGUACUUGGAAUCUAUUUCAUUUUUAUUGGGUA